CCAUGGACGUCAGGUGGCACACGCUAUAUUCAAGCGAUGGGAGCCCAUGCGCCUUGACGUUGUUUCACCUCUGUUACUCUUCGCUCCUGCAGUCGUGUCGACACUCCUCAUCUCUCAUUUUGGUGCUCUCACAGGGCUUGUCCUGGGCUUCUCGACCUACUACACUACCCUGCUUUCGUCCAUCGUCAUCUACCGCCUUUCCCCCUUCCACCCAAUUGCUCAGUACCCAGGACCGCUACUGGCCAAGGUCAGUAAGUUCUACCACGUCUCGAAGACCUACUCGGGGAAGCAGCAACAAUACAUGAGGCAGCUGCAUGACAGAUACGGCGACAUUGUUAGAACCGGUCCAAAUGAGGUGAUCAUACGUGAUGCGUCGUGUAUUGUGCCCCUUCUAGGAACACAAGGCUGCCCCAAGGGACCCAUGUACCAGGGGAGGCAUCUCUGGCCACAGAUCCCUUCACUGAUUGGCAUGCGGGACCCGAAGGAGCACCAGCGUCGUCGUCGUCCAUGGAAUCGAGCCUUCAGCACUGCCGCUGUGAAGGACUACGAUCCUGUAAUCCAGCAUCGUGUUCACGGACUGGGUGAAGGGCUUGGCGCUCGGCAGGGAGAGGUACUUGAUCUCUCAGAUUGGCUUGGCUUUUUCACGUUCGAUUUUAUGGGAGACUUGGUAUACGGCGGAUGGACCGAAAUGAUGCGCGAGGGUGGGGACCAUAAUGGUCUUUGGAGCAUCCUUACAUCAGGCUUAAAGCACGUCCUCCCAGAAACCUCCUUCGUUUACGAGCACGUCCCAUGGUUAUCUUACUAUGUGAAGAAGCUUCCCGGAGGCGUUGGCGCUGUCAAGACGAUGCAUGCACUGGCAUUUAGUCAGGCAGAGAAACGGUAUACCUCAGGUUCCACAUCAAGGGACUUAUUCUAUUACUUGAGUAAUGAAGACGGUACGGAGAAGGUCGAUCCCCCUAGGUCCAUGGUCAUUUCAGAUGGUCUUCUUGCCUUGGUCGCCGGCGCAGACACCACGAAGACCGUCCUUGCCGGCACAUUCUACUCCAUCCUGCUCAACCCGGAGGUGUACAAGUGUCUGCAAGCUGAGGUCGAUAAAUUUUACCCGCCGGGAGAAAAUUCGCUCGACCCCAAGCACUUGCCUGAGAUGCAAUACCUGGAGGGCGUCAUCAUGGAAGGUUUGCGGCUCUUCCCUGCGGUACCGAGCGGUAGCCAACGUGCUCCGGAGCCUGGUACAAGAGGGAAGGCCAUCGGUCCAUACUACAUCCCCGAAGGAACACAGGCGCGUGUAAGUUGGUUGUGCGUCCACCGCGACUCGCGUAACUUCUCGUACCCGGAGAAGUUUUGGCCUGACCGCUGGCUGAUCGCCGAGGGCCAGCAAACGCACACAGAGAAGAUCGUGCAUGACCCGAACGCGUGGGUACCUUUCUCGUUUGGCCCGGCGAACUGUGUCGGCAAGAAACUCGCGAUGCAGGAGAUGCGCCUCGUUAUCUGCCACCUCAUGCAGCGGCUCAACUUCCGCUUCGCGGACGAUUACGACCCCGCGCACUAUGAGCGCGACCUGGUAGAUAGGUUCAAUAUCGCUGUCCCGCGACUGCCUGUAGUCGUCGAGCGGAGGGAUUAG